AGAAGUGAGAAGGCCACCAGGGGCGCUCUCUCUGUUUGCCCAAGGCUCCAAUUCAAAAACAAAUGGCCGUUUAACGACCAUUUCCCUCAGAAAGAAGAGCAAGAAGGAAGAGGCCAGAAGCGAGGGCGGGUUCAGGAGAGAUGAGGGCCCGCCUUGUGAGCUGAACAACACCCAUUAGGAACCACUGUCAGCAAAAUAAGCAACAGCACUAACAGCAGCAGGGCUUGGUGCUGCUCUGGUCUCUUUUAGUUUGAGAACACUAAAUCAUCUGAGGAAUCACUGAAAGACUGAACAGAACAAAACUCUCCUAAUGCAGUUUCAAAAACCUGCUCUUCCAAAGACAACGCAACUACAACAAUGAGAGCAGCAAAAGAAGCAAAACCAAGAGGGAAAGAAAUACCGCUCAGCUCUCUUCCUGGAACAAAGAAGAAAGAAAAAAUAAAGUAUGAACCUGACACAAUGGUUAUAAUGCCUGCAGUUCCUGCAGAGUCUGUUGCACAGUAUUCUUUAGCUCUUCCAUCACUAAAUAAAGAUAGAAUGCUAGAUGAAAUGGAUAUGCUUAGGAAUAUCACAGGCCAUCUAAAUGAGAUUGUAAGCACCAUGGAAGGUGUGUAUGCAAAGGGUGGAGCAACGAAAGAAGAGGGCGAAGAAGAGGAGGAGGAAGAACCUGAAACUUUUAAGGAAGAUCAUGAAGAGAUGACCUCUUUCCUGAUAUGUUGUUCACAACUUAAUAAUCAAUUAGAAACAGCACUUCGUGAAGAAAAACAAAUAUUAGAAUCAUUGCUUAAGUGGUUUGAAAAAGAAGUCCAUGAGAUGGAAGAGAUAAGUGUGGAACAACUUAUUCCAGAUUGGGAAAUACCAGUAGCUGAUAAAAACAUAACAGAUAAUAUUACUAAAUUACUGACCCGCAUCGAAAGACUGGAAGAACUGAAGGGUCGUGUUCAGGAACUACCGAAGCUUAUCCAACUUUCUGCACCUAAACCGGAAAAAAGAAAACCACUUGGCCCAGCACCACCUGUUCCAAAAGAUCCAAAAACUAUUAUUGAAGAACUUGCUAUGAAACAUGCAACUGAGGAUGUGAUGAACAUGGUACAAGUUUUCCAAGAUGAUACAGGACAGCCACAAACUGCUGAAAUGAUGAACAACCGUAUGCUAGAAAUAAUGAAAGUAUUUGAAAGACAAACAAACAAGUUGCACAGAGUUGCAAAUGAGCAAGAUGUGCUGGAAGGUAAAUUACAAAAGAUUCAGCAAGAAUUUCGAAAGCUAGCAGAAGAAAAACAGAUAAUGGAGGAUGAACUUCAAAAAAUGAAAGCUUCUGAAACUCAAGAUAAAUUGGGGCCAGAUGCAAGGAAAAAAGCAUUGCCAAAAAUAGAGAAAGCAAAAGUUGAAGAGAAACCUGCAGUUCCAGAGAGGAUACCAACACUAAGGCAGAAGGAACAUCUGAAAAUGAAAGAAGAUCUAGCUAAAGCUAAUGCGAACAUUCAGUCACUUGAAAAUGAGAAGAAAAUGCUUGAAGAGAAACUGCAGAAAGUAUUAGAGGAGGCCCAGAAGGCAAAGGGCCAGCUUGCUGAAAUACCUCCACGUACUCCAGACUGGCAGUUCCCUUACACAGCAAUUGUGGAAGAUGACAAAGAUGUUCCAAAGAAAGGCAAAAAGUCAACAAAAUCUAAAGGCAAAGGAGAAGAUCGAACGGAUUUAAGACAGAUGUCUGGUACUGCAGCUGACAGAGCAGUCAGUAAGCAGCAAAAAGCCGAGACAGGAAAAGCAGGUGAAAUACUUCCAGGAAAAAGCCAGGACAUUUCUGAAACAAAAGAUGUUAAACUUAAGGGAAGAGGGUCAAUUCGCAUGGAUACUGAAAAAUUAAGUGGAGCACAAGAUUCUCUUACUCUUCUAGAAAAGCUAACUGACAAAAAGGAAGAGUCAAAGAAAACAAAAGCUAAAAUAGAAGGAAAAUCGGAGACAGUUGAUUCUAAAGGUCUGCCAAAAUCUAAGGAGUCUGCAGAAAUAAAAAGAGGACGUUCAGGAAUAAAAGGUGCAGGGAAAGAAGCACCAGAACGUUCACAUUUAAAACCAUUACCUCCUGUCCAAGAAAAGCAACAGUUGCCUGAGUCCACAGAUAUUCGGGAAGAAACAUUAGCUUUAGAUAAGUCUCCUGAAGAAAUGCUUUCACCAGACUCAGAAAGGCAGAAAACUGAAAUUAUGCCUACUCCUGAAGUCAGUAUCAAAGAAGGGGAAGAUAAGUUACCUGUCAGUGAAGAGAAAGCUUCACCACUCCUUUCAGAAUUUGAAAUGGAUGCAUCAGUUGGACUUGAAGAAACUAUGGGAGAAUCUGAAAUGCAUCCUUCACUUACAGUGGUACCAGCACCUGUGCCCACCAUGAUCAUAGAAGGGACACUACCAGCUGCUGUCACAUCAGAAGAGGCUUUAGUUUUAGAAAAAGAAGUUCCAAUAAUUCAUACAGAUUCACAAGAAUUAAGAGAGGAUGCAGUCAGGGACUUGAUCAGUAAGAACAUGGUUCAGCUUGCAGAUCAUUUGACAGAGAUGAAAGGAAUGCCUGAAGCAGAAACUUUAGCUAAACUUCUACUAGAGCCUGGCAAAGGAAUGGAAGAAUUGUCAGAUAGACAGAAACUUCAGUUACUGAAUGAGCUGAUAACACCAGAUGAAUUACAAAAAGUUGAUGAAAAGAUAAAAGGGCUACAAGAGCAAAGAAAGCAUUUGACUGCACUUCUUGAAACAAACGAACAGAAUCUUUUAAGGGCACAGUCUUAUGCUCCAAGGCUUGCAGAUGAAAGCAGUUUUCAGGGGACUUGA